AUGUCUCCUUUUGUCAAAUCGAAAAUUCGGAGUGAUUCCCUCAGAACUCCUCUGAUUGCCACCAUAGCAUUACUGUUUGCAUGGUUCAUCGCCCUCAUCGUUCUCCCCCAAUGCAAACCAGCCAUCACCUCAGGCUUGACAAAUGCCCGCCAGAACCUCCCCUCAAUCAGCAUCGACUGGUCCCCCAACAACGACCCCCGAAAGAACUACAACGCCUCCAAGGUAGCGCUCAUCAUUGAACCAGAGCCAUUACCCCUUCUCGUCCCUCUAAUCCUCCACAUGAUCGGUGUCGUGCCUCCAGAUUGGCGCUUCGUCUUUAUCGGAUCUCAAAAGAGCGUAUGGACUGUUGGUCGUACGUUUGGGAUCCAGGUCCAGCAGGGCUUGGGUAAGAUUGAGCUGAUGCAGCUGCCGCAGCCUUGGAGGAUUAGAUCAAGGGAGGAUAGGAGCCGUCUUCUUACUGAUACGAGGUUCUAUGAUGAGUUUCUCCCUGGCGUGGAGAGGCUCUUGAUGUUUAGCUCGGAUAGUAUUUUAUGUGCCAACUCAGAGUUGAGCAUGAAUGACUGGCUGGAUUGGACUUGGGCUGGUGCUACUGAUAACAGAGAAAACAAGAAUUUCGCUGUCUACGGCGACCUCUCUCUCCGUCGUGUCUCAGCCAUCAAGCAGAUUCUCAGCUUCCAAUCACGAUAUAACGACAGCGCCGGUGAAGACUCGUGGUUCGGCACACGUCUUGAAGUUCUCCCAGAUGCAAAAGUAGCCAUGACUUCAGAUAGACCCUUUGCCGUUCAGAAUAAUAUCACCUCGAAGCCGAUGGGGUACAACCUUCAAACCCGUGGAAAUCUGGUCGAUCAAGAUGUCUGGAAGUACCCUGAGGCCAGGAAAGAGGCUAUGGAGUAUUGCCCAGAGUUGCAUAUCAUUCUUAACAUGAAACUUGAGAAGGAGAGGUGUCCGGGUGAUAACCUCAUAGGUCAGAUUGUAAAUUCGACGACUACGACGGAAGCAGUUUCAACUACUCCAUAA